AUUCUUUGCAUUUACCAGAUCUACCACAUUUCGAAUCAAGUCAGAACUUUACUUACCUUACACCCAUCCUUGAGUGCCAGCCACCAUGCCGACGUCUAAUGGAACCUUGCUAUGGCUGGCUCCAAAUCGAGCAAGUGCCAACUUCGAUGUCGAUGGUACGCAGACAUCAUGCGAAAUGACACUCAAUCCAGCCGUUCCAUUUUUCGGCGCCGCACCAGCAACAUUAGAUUACGAUAAUAAAGACCAGCUCUCCGGCGCACAAAAUAUUGAUGGCCACAUUGGUGACCUAAACACGCCCAUCGACCAAUAUAUAAGCGUUUUUGGCGAUGGAAUCUGGAUGCAGAGCUUGUGAUAAUCAAGCUAUGUACUUUUAUUGGAGUUUACUAAAGCUGAAGAAAUGUUUUAACUAGCCCGGAAAAGCAACCUGGCUGGGGGCCUUGAUAUUUAGGACCUGUCUAA